CCCGCCGCCUCCCUCCCUCGCUCGCUGACUCGCUCCCUCCCGGGCUGCGGCUGCUGCAACGGGGCGGCGGUGGCAGCAGCAGCGGGAGCAGUCUCGAGGCCGGCGUCGAGGUGAGACGGGGAUGGACAGAGGCUGCGGGACUGCUGCUGUCUCUGCUGCUCCAGCCUCUCCAGCGAGGUCUUCUCCCCUCUCCCCUCUCAAGAUGGCAGCCAGCAGCUCUGAGGGCUCAGAGAUGAAGGGGAUAGAAGAGGGUCCCCAAAGCCAAGGAGAAGGGCCUGGCCAUUCUGAAGCCAAAACUGGCCCUCUCCAGGUCCCAGCUGGGGUCCCAGAUGAGCCAGAGGCCCUGCAGCCCGGCCCAGACAUCACUGGGGCCCCUGUGGACUCAGAAGCUAAGGCUGGGCUGGCUCCAGAAACCACAGAGACCCCAACUGGGGUCUCAGAAACAGCUCAGGCUAGAGACCUCAGCUCAAACCCAGGAGGGGAAUCGAAUGCCAUCCCUAGCCCUGAAGAAGCAUGCCAAGAGCCAGCACCCAAACCAGAAGUGAAUAAAGAGUUCACUGCAGACCAGGGUUCCGAUCUGGGGUCUGCGGCCCCGCUUGAGCCAGCCUCAGAGCCUGCUCCCCAGUUGGACCCCCAGUCAGACCCUCAGCCAGAUUGCCAGCCAGGUUCCCAGCCCACCCCCAAGUCAGAUCUUCAGCCAGAGCCCCCCACCCAGGAGGACCCCACCCCUGAGGUCCUGACUGAGAGUGUGGAGGAAAAGCAAGAGAAUGGGGCAGUGGUUCCCCUGCAGGCUGGCGGUGGGGAAGAGGGCCCAGCCCCCCAGCCUCACUCGCCACCCUCAACAAAAACCCACCCAGCCAAUGGGGCUCCUCCGAGAGUGCUACAGCAGCUGGUUGAGGAGGACCGACUAGGAAGGGCUCACAGUGGGCACCCAGGAUCUCCCCGAGGUAGCCUGAGCCGCCACCCCAGCUCCCAACUGGCAGGGUCUGGGGUGGAGGGGGGUGAAGGCACCCAGAAACCUCGGGACUACAUCAUCCUCGCCAUCCUGUCCUGCUUCUGCCCCAUGUGGCCUGUCAACAUCGUGGCCUUCGCUUAUGCUGUCAUGUCCCGGAACAGCCUGCAGCAGGGGGACGUGGAUGGGGCCCAGCGUCUGGGCCGCGUGGCCAAGCUCUUAAGCAUCGUGGCGCUGGUAGGGGGGGUCCUCAUCAUCAUCGCCUCCUGCGUCAUCAACUUAGGCGUGUAUAAGUGAGGGGCUCUGCCCUGCAUUCCAAGACUUUUCUUCCUGUUGGGAGCUGCCUUGGGCCCAUCCUCCCCUGGGGGGAGCCCAGUCGAUGGCCCAGGCCCGCACCCAUAGGGACCAAGGGAGCCUGAGCGGCCUUGUUUACAGCUUCUUUCCUGCUCCUGCAUCCUGCCAGGCUCCUGUGCCAACCGUAGGCCUCUCUUCUCCCUGCACUGUUUUCACCCUCCCUGCACUUCUGCCUGCAUUCCCCCCCCCCCCCGCCUCUUGGACUCCUUGCCCCUGCACUUCUAGAAACCUUCCUGCACUUCUGGAAAUCUCCCUGACCUGAACGUCUCCCAAACUCUCUCUGCUCUCAGCCUCCCUGCAUCCCCCCCAGCCUCCCUGCACUCCUCCCAACUUCCCCAAUUCCCUGCACCUCUGCCCCAGUGUCCCCCUUUCAACUUUCACUGUCUUGGCAUCCUUCCCCAUUCCUUCCUUCCUUCUCCCCUUUAUUAUCUCCCCUUCCCCCUCCACACUCCUUGCCCCCUUCCUCUUCCUGCCUCCUAAGCAUUCCUAUCCCCCCUCAGGAUCCUCUCCUCCUCCCUCCUGCCACAGUUUUCUCUGCAAAAACUCCAGCACUUAGAUCAGCUGGGGGAGGGCAGCGGUGUCAGGGGAGGGCUCCCCCGCCCGCGUUCCGACUGUUUUCUGCUGGGACCACCCAGGUCCUGACGCCCCCAGGGCGCCUCUGGGUCGCAGAGCUGGCUAGCCAGGUCGUGUCUGGGAACUGGUGCGGGGUGUCGCGCACCGUUGCUUAGCUGGGUUCUGAGCACCUGGGAGGAGGAAGGGGCGCGGCUGUUGACCCUUUCAGAUCAGCCCGAGUUGACUCGCCCCGACUGGGCUUUUAAACUCGCUCUGCGAGUUUCUUAAAGGCAUCGGGGCUGGGGUCAUUCACGUGCAUAACUAAAGAACCCCGAAAUAGGACCAAAGCUCCUAGAUGCAGGGAGCGAGUGAAGGGCGGGGAGCUCUAUAAUUAUUUUCCAAGAGGACUAGGGAGGUUUGUUGCACGCGACAGUUCGCUAGGGAGGCGGGGACCGAGCUACGAUGCCUUUCGGAGUUGGCGGGUUUUGUUUUCUUUAAAAAAAAAAAAAAGCGUUGGAAAAACACUAAAAGUCUUUAAAAAAAAAAAAAAGGAUACAUCAAACAGAUUCUCCCUUUUUGUAUGCCGGAUGCUGCAUGAGUCUGAAACACCAAUAAACGGAGACUGCAUGA